AUGGAAGAGUUUACUAAAGGUAUGAACAAUGCUUUGAAACAAGAGAUCGGUAAUAAUACUGACAUAUAUCUAACGUACAAUGCCUUAACGGGAAAAGUGACCGUUCACUUGAAACCCAAAUGCAAACUCUUUUUAUUCGACAAAUUGUCCCUUAUCCUGGGAUUCGGUGGAAAAGAGGUGAAAAUUGACAAAACGGUUCAGCCUCAGAUCGUUGGAGAUACGAGUGCGCAAUUACUUCGAAGCAUUCCCGUCCAAGGAAAGUAUGGCGAAAUCGUUACGAAAACGUUUACCAAAUAA